AUGAGCGGAGCAGUGCCACUCAGCCCUGUCCAACAAAAGGCACUUAAUGAGCUAGUUGGUGCCAUCAAGACGAAAGCCGCUCCACUCGUUGAACUUCGAUCUCCACCUGCCUUAGCAAGAGGUUACGGAGUUUCUCUUGUUCUGAAGGCAGCCGCGUCCCAGCUCGGGGCUCCGCUUUUGAGUGUGGCCACAGCACUCGAGCAUGAGAGCGAAGGCCAAGCCAGCAAAGCUCUCUAUGCUGCGGCUGUAGCGUCACUUACAAAGCAUGGCAUGGCCUUUAUCGAUGACUUGGACCUUGCUUGUGCUCCCCGCACAGUGCGACGCUCUCGGACCCUUGUGGGAGACAUCAAGGGCUCAGGGGACAUCUUCAACUGGGAGGUGGCAUCAGCACCUGCCAUGCUUCUCAAGGCCUUGAGCGACACAGCAGCUUCUGCGGGAGGUGUGAUCACCUUCUCUUCCGUCGAAGACGCACAUCUUGCGUUCAUCCAGGCACCAUUGACCGUGACCCUGGACGAGCCUUCUGUAAAGGACUACGACGCGGUGCUGCGCACCAUGUCGCCCGCCGUCCAGGCAGAAACCAUCUACGCCUUGCACUCACAGCUGUCUCCAGCGGAACUCAAGGCCGCGAUGGCCCGGGUGCUGUCCAAGGGUGAGCUCUCGACGUCCUCGCUGCUGGCCUCCAUCCGCGACGAGCUGGUCUCCGUGUCGGCGGUGGCCCCUGAGGAGGUGGAGCCCGUGGAUCUGGCUGACUUCCCGGGCCUGGAGGGCAUUAAGGAGGAGCUGGAGAGGAACGUGCUCUUUCCCUUGGAAAAGCCGGAGCAAGCCAAGCAGUUUGGUUUGACCCCCAAACGAGGAGUGCUACUGCACGGCCAGCCCGGCACUGGCAAGACCACCGUGGGCCGGUGGUUGGCGAAUCGGCUCAAGGGGAAAUUCUUCCUGGUUCGCGAGAUGAUGCUCCAGGCCGACAUCAUCAAGGUCUUUGCCGCAGCCCAGGCCGCCGCUCCAGCAGUGGUGUUCAUUGAUGACGCGGACAUUGUGAUUGGCGGCUGGCGACCCCUUGAUGGACACCGAGGCUCGGACGUCUUCCGCUUUUUGCUUGGCCGAAUGGACGGCUUGACGUCUCGCGGGAAGCGACAGAGGGAGAACGGAGAUGUGGUGGUCAUCCUGACUGGACAGAAUGUUCACUGGAUGGCUGAUAUGCUCUUGCGGAGUGGGCGAAUUGAGCUCUGGCUGAAGACCAAGCUGCCGGAGCCCAGGCAGAAGAGGGAAAUUCUCCGUAAAUACAUCAAGGAGGAUGCUGGAGCCAUGGAGCUCUUGGGCAACAGUGGUGACUUGCCCGAUGUCCGGGCAGCAGCGCAAGCCAGUGACAGUUUUUGCUGCGCCGAUUUGCGGCGUGUGGUGAGCGAUGCCAAGAUGCUUGCAGCAUGGGAUCGAGUCACUGAUGGCAAAAUCCUUGAGGGGGCAGCCUACCUCGAAAAAGCUGCCGAAGGUGUUCGCCGCAUGCAGGAGGAGGUGCACUCCAAUACGCGAAGCUUGUAUGGCUAG